AUGUCGCUGCCACCGCAGGCCUCUUUCAGCUCUGCCACAACUGCGGUCGCCAGUCGUGGAGCGGCAUACCCUUCUGUGGAGGAAUUCACCUCCUUCAAGCUGCCGAACAAGCCGAGAAUCAUCAAGACUCUCACUAGCAAUGACAUCUCAGACCUUUCCGAUGAGCCGGACAGUGCGCCUCGCCCUGCGAUGAACCCCUCGACGCCCAUUCCUCCUUCUCCCAUGUCUUCGGAGGAGUCUGAUCGGGUCAUCGACCUCAAUUAUACUCCGCUCACCGUCCGAGGCAAGAGCAUGAUCUUGCCUCAACACCCUCUUAGCGGCAAAGCCAAAUCUCCUCGCUGGCCCUUCCAGAACGCGACACCCCGCACCUCGACUAUGGUGCCCAUUGUCCGAAGCUUCACUGGAACUUCCAGCCGAUUCGACCACAAUCCCAGAGACGACUACAAUCCAGCGGUUGAGAUCAGCGUCACCGAGUCCCUAGACGAGUUCCAGAUCAACCAUCCCAACGGCCGCUUGCUUGCGUCUCACCCUCAAGGCCUAUCUGUUCACGAGACUGGGUGCAACCUGACCGGUCGCAACUUGGCCAACAUUCCCACCCUAGUCGAGCAGCUUCAGCAGGAUGCUCACUCAAUCAAGGCCGUUUCUUCCAAGCACCGACAGAGACCCCUCGAAGUCUUCUACCGCCGUUGCAAGAGCUCCCAGCUCCUUAAUCUUCAGAUCCUCCGACGCCGCCAGGACAAGCGAAAGAAGGAUUUCGAGACAGACACCACUUGGUACCAGCGCAUCAGUCUCGAUGAUAAUAUCUAUGUCGGGUCCGUCGUCCUUACUCUCUUCUUCGUCACCCAGACGGUUGUCUCCAUCACUGUCAGUUUGACCAUGGUAGCUUCCCAGAUGAGCAUCCCUUACUUCGUCGUUGUCUGGGUCAUGGUGAGCCUCAUCGUCAUGAUCUUCACUGUGGUUAUGAGCCUUCAAAUGCGCUCUUUCCGCAAGAAGACCAACGCUCUUAUUGACGAUGAGAAACGAGUUCGCUCGACUACCUUUCCCAAGCUCUCUCAUGAGGGUCAUCUUCACCUGCCUGCCGACGCUGCAGAGAUCGCUCAUCGCCGUCAGAUUGCCGCCGCCCUUGCGAAUGAGCAAGCUCAUGCAGGCAGCUCGACCGAAGAGUCCGAGAAGAGUUCUGAUGGAACCGUUAUCACCCAGCCGCCCGCCGUGUUCGACCCAUUCGCCCCGGCUAUGCUCCGCGACACCAGCAGCGUCUACCUCUCAGCCAGCGGCACUUCGCCCCAGGGAAUCCAGGAUUCCAACGACACAGCUUGGCAGAACGUUGAUGCCGCGGCGGUCGGAACCUCCCGCACUAGCUCCAUGACGGCCGUCGUCCCUGCGGCUCCCGCCAACCUCCAGGCGAGCAACCAGGGAUCGAGCUGCUAG